AUGACUACAGUGUCUGUGGAUUUUUUGCAACAGAUUACUCUUCUCGGUAAGGAGUUUUUGUUAAUUGCGAUAGACCCGAUGAAUAGGAAGCAAACUAUCACAGAGUUAAAGAAGGUCCUCACCAAGCCUUUGCUAAUGUCGGAUUAUAAAAAAAUAUGGAAGGCUCUCUAUUAUGCAAUGUGGAGCUCGGACAAGUAUCAAAAUCAAUAGAUUCUUGCGACUGAAAUUUCAUAGCUCACAAGAAUGUUCUACUCCAAUUUCAAUGCAUUCAUCCAAUUCUCCAAAGCCAUGUUCCAUGUGUUUAUGUUCGAAUGGGAGAAGAUUGAUUAUUGGCGCAUCAAUAAAUUUAUGCUUCUAUUUAGGGAAAUCAUAGAAGAGUAAAUAAAAAUAUGCAAGCAUUUUAAUUGGAAGACAGUUCCCCAAUUGAUAGCUCUGUAUCACGAGAGUGUUCUGAAUCUGACAGAAUUUCAGACUGUAUAGGGAGCCACAUUGCACUUCAUCCAAAUAUUUGUUUAGUGUUUGGCUAAACAUAUGAGUGAUUCCACUGUUACACAUGUGCAGGUUAAGGAUCUCCUUGAAGGAUUCUUGGACAUUCUUAAGCACAGUCCCAAUAAGACACUGAGAGAUAAAACUAUUCAAUACGUCUAUGAGUACAUAGAGGAGAGACAAAAAAAUGAAAAUUAUUUGCCAGCAUUCGAUUCUAGAAAAUAUGGGAACUACGUCUUCAAAUUAGCAUCAUCUGAGAGUGUCAAUCCUUAAAAUAGGAAGUCUCUUUAUAGAGUUGCUGAGAUUUUUAAUUUCACAGAGGAAUUGGAGGAGUCACCUCAAGUUCAAGUUCAAGAGGCUCCAAAGAAGAAGAAGACAAAAAAUAAUAAUUAAGAAACUCAAUAAAUACAAAAACCAAAAGUAGGAAAAUAAUAGGACGAACACCAUGUAUAAUAAUAAUAAAAUGAAGAACAACAAGAAUUCAAUUAAUAAGAAGAAUAAGAGGAACAGGAAGAAGAAUAAGUCAUUUAGGUACCUUAAAAGGUUUAAAAAAAAAAUGGAAAAGAAAAAAAGGAAUUGCAAUAACAGCAGAACACCAAGAUUAAAUAAAAGGAAGAGAAAGCCAUUUUGAAAUUACAUAAAAAAUAAGAAGAAUAAGUCAAUUCUUAGGAUUAGUAAGAUAGUCCUAUUCAAGAUGAAGAUGAAACCAUAGAGGGUGACGAUUAUAGUGAAGUUAGAAAGAAUCCUAACAAAUUGAAAACUCUAAAGGAAAUUAUGAAUUCUGUUCCUGUAUAUUUGUUUAUGAAUCCAGCAGAGAAACGCAAAUACUUCAAAUCUAUCAAUACGAGAUUCUAAGAGGCUUUGUAAAAAGAAAAGGGAACUCAUUGCACACACAACAAGAGUGUCCACUUUGACUUAGCAAGAAACAAAGUGAAAACUUUCAAAUAAACAGAUAAUGUGCUCAGAAUUUCAAAGUCAUGA